AUGGCACCUCCACGGGGCGGCGGCCGUCGCUCAACGCAGACCAGCGAGCACAUCUACAAGCUCGGCGAACGCGGACGGAAAACGGGCGUAACACUACGCGACACCGGCGUGCGCGACGAGCAUGGCAUGGAGCCGAUUGACGAUAUCUUUUCGUCGCCAGCCAAGGGAAACUCAGACAAUGGCGACGAGGAGGAGGAAGAUGACGAGGAGGAAGGGGAGGAAGCCGACGAAGACGAUGACGACGAUGAGAAUGGCGAGGCGCCCAUGGACCUCACAACUGGCUCGGGCUUAGACCCUGCGGCUAUGAUUAACGGUCAAGGCGCAUUCGGUGCGCGCAGGUCGCCCGCCAAGACACUUUUUGGCUCGCCUGCUGUGCGCGGCUCGGCGUCCAAGAAGACCGCUGCGAUCCGCCAAAACCCACUCUUGCGCCCGCCAUCGUCGCCCUCGGCAAAUACCAUCCACCAGACGAGCAGCCCCAGCAAGCCGGUAAAACGGCGCCUCGACUACGGCAAGAACACAGCGGCCACUGCACAGCGCCGGCCGUUUACGCUUGCGCCCCCCACUGGCGCCAACGCGCGGCGCCAGCACCUGCUGGAGGAGGAUGAGGAGGACAACGAUGAAGAGAGUAACGUUCUCCAAGGCGGCCACAUCGACGAGGACUCCAUGCAGAUUGUGGGCGGGCCGGACAGCUACGACGAAAACGUGGAUGCCGAACCGCUCGAGGAAGAGUUGCCGGCGCGUCCGGCUGCACAAGUCAAGCGGCGCGCUGGUAGACCGCCGGGAAAGGGCAAGUCUCCCGCUACCAAUUCGCCAGCAGCCUCCAAGAAACUACCACCAGGCCCGCAACAAAUUCCCAGCUCUGUUCCCAAGAAGCGAGGACGGCCAGCCGCCGCAGCACCGGACCCAACUACACAAGAUACCGAAGACGGGGCGCAAAACGCAAAACGCCGGCGGUUAGCAGCAGGUGCGGAAGAGGACCCGCCCAAACCCAAGGGCCGGCCAAGGGGACGACCAGCAGCAGCGGUGGCCAAGCGCGCACCGGCCGACGAGGAGACACAACCGGAGGAGCAGCCAGAUGAGCCCGCCGACGAUGCGGCACCGAAAAAGAGGGGCCGGAAACGCAAGUCGUCUGGCGUGGGGGCGGCGACAGCAGCAGCCGCCGCCGUCCCGCGCGGGCCGCCACUGCCAAAGAGCCGUGGCUUGGUGGUCCGGCGACGGGAGAUUGCGGAUGGCAGUGGCGACCUGGUGAAGACCCGCUCGGGUCGCAGCUCGUUCCGCCCGCUGGCCUUUUGGCGCAACGAGCAUGUGGAGUUUGACCCCAACGACGUGCAGCAGGACGGCUUCGGCCGCAGGACGAACAACAGCAAGUUCUUGCUGCCCACGAUCAAGGACAUUGUCCGCGUAGACGAAGAGGUCUUGCCCCGUAGCUACGGCCCGGGCGGCAGCCGCCGUGGUGGUGGUGCUGGUGGCGCAAAGCGCGGCCGCAAGCGGCGACCGACGGGCGACGGCGACGGCGGUGACAACGAGCCCGACCGCGACGCAUGGGAGGCGAAUCCGGGUAAGGUGUCUGGCGACAUAGUGGUGUGGUACCCGGAGCACGAGCUGGAUCCGCCGGCACUUGGCCAAAACGUGGAGAUGACGUCGGCCGAAAUUGCGCUGUCGGACGCGGCGAUCCAGACGCACGAGGUGCGCGGCGGCACCUUCCGGUUCGUCAAGACGCUGAGCUUGCCGUUCUUUGGCACAGGCAUGGUGGACAUGCCACCCGGGUCGGAGAAGAAGCUCAAGAACUCGCGCAAGAUGCACAUGACAUUUUUCGUGCACUAUGGCCAUGUCCUGGUCAAGGUCAACGAGUCCGAGUUCCGCAUUGCCAAGGGUGGCAUGUGGUCCGUCCCGCGAGGCAACUAUUACAGCAUCACCAACGACAAGGACUACCCGGCCCGCGUGUUCUUCGCACAAGGCUGUGAGAUCUUGGCGCCCGUCGAGCUGGACGAAGACGACCGAGGAAAUCAAUAG